AUGAAAUAUCAGUAUAAAAGUAAAUGUGUUGAAAAAAAUAUUUUAUAGGAAUUUUGGACUCAAAUAAGAAUUAUUUUAAAAAAAGAAGUGGGAACAAUAAUAGAAUGAUCUUCAUAUAUAAGGAGAGUUAGGUAAUCAAUUUGAAGAAAUUGGCUAAAGAAGAAAUUUAAUGGUGGAGGAUUUGCUUUUUAACAUUGAAAUAUCAACUGAAAUAAAAUUAAUUAAAGUUAUAUGGGUUCUUGUUGUCAAGUCAGUCAAGUAGCUCGAGAAUAAUAUGUGUUCCCAGAUGGAGGAGUGUAUACUGGAGAGAUGAAAGAUGGGAUACCAGUAUUAGUGAUGAUCAUUUUUAGCAUGGUGUUGGAGCAAUAUCCUUUGAUAAUGGAUCAUCCUUUGAAGGACAUUUUGAGAAUGGAGUGAAAUGUGGCAAAGGAGUUUAUAGAUGGAGUGAUAAUUCUUAUUAUGAUGGAGAAUUUUAGAAUGAUGCAUUUAAUGGUUAUGGUGAGUUUUAUUGGAGCAAUGGUAAAUGGUACAAAGGACAAUGGGUAUAAGGCAAUAUGUAAGGUGAAGGAUAAUUCUAUACUGAUGGUAAGACUUAUAAGGGUGAGAUAUUUAAUUUUAAUUUAAGGUGAAUUUGAAAAUGAUAAGAGAAAUGGAAAGGGAGAGCAAAUUUGGCCAAAUAGAUAAAAAUAUAUUGGAGAAUGGAAAAACGGUAAGAUGCAUGGAAGAGGACAACUAAUAGAGCCAAAUGGGAGAGUUAUAGAAGGAGAAUGGGUAAAGGGAAAAAAGAAAUGA